CCCGCCGCGCCCGGGCUCCCGCUCCCGCACGCACCCUCCGCGGGGAGCGUGUGUGUGUGCCCUGGCUGUGCAAGGCUUGCGGGGGUGCCACGCACACGCGGGAUUCAUACUGUGAAUUAUUUAUAAUUUGGGUUGCGUUUGUUUGUGUCUGUGGUGGUUUGGUUUUUUUUAAUUGUUAAAUUCUCCCCACCUUUUCUAAAAAAUCAACCAAACAAAAAAAAAAAAAAUUGAUUUCUAGCAAGGUCUGUUUCUCCCUCCCGCUGUGCUCGGGGCUGCUCUCCGUGUGUCCUGGACUCUGUAACGCGGAGUCCCCUCCGUGCCUGCUGUCUUUCUCCUUUUCUCGCUCCUGUUUAAUAUGGAGCAAUUUUCUGGAGGCUCGGUGACUCCCUCCUUAGGGUCACAUUGAGUUCGAAUCCGACUGAAGGUGCAGGAAUCCUGGAACGGGGGAAAUAAGAGAAUAGAGAGAAUGGGGUCAAGUUGGUUGCUUAGAGGCCAAAACUCCCAUAGCUGCCUUUAAAAAUAUAUGUAUAUUUGGCUUUCCUCACCGUAUUACGGAUUGCAGCUUCCUCUUUCAGGUAUUUUCCUUACAGCCUAAAGCCCUUGCUUCCUUUUGCCCCCCCCCCCCCCACACCCCCAUUAGGGGAGAAGGGGGGGGAGGAGAAAAAAAAAAAAGAAAAGAAAUGGGGGGGGGGGGAGAGGGGAAAAAAUAAAACCCAUUGAGUUUAGGCAAAUAAGGUUUGGUCUCCGUAUCCUAUUACAAAGCACUUUGAAUAUGCAAGACAUCACACAAGACCAGUUAUUCCAGUUACGACAAACUUAAAAAAGAGAAAAAAGCGAGGCAUGUUUAGAUUGUAAUUUGUUAGAGCAAGAUUCGUAUUUAAAAUUCUGUCUUUUAAAUUUUUUUUUUCAGCCUUGCGUUGUAUCCAGCCUUUUUCUGAUGUCUGGGCUGUUGGGGUUUUUUUGCAUUAUUAUUAUUAUUAUUAAAAUCUUUUCCAUCAAGUUUAGGAAGACCGCUGCGAGCAACACAUUUUCUGUAUUUUUGUUCCUGUAUCUCGGAGGAGAGUUGGCAGGGAUUCUGUGGUUUGCAGUUACACAAUAUGUUAUCAUGUUUUUAAUCACUAAAUCAUUGCAGUGGUUAUAGAUUUACAGUCUUAGGGUAUUACUGAGCGGCGCAGCGCAGCCCGUGUGUGCGGGGACAUACGAGAGCAUGCCGUUAACAUGCUCGUGAACUUUGCUUUUAAAUCAUUUCCCGGCCGAGCCGCGGCGGAGCACGGAGCCAGCGUUUUGGCAUCACCCCUCCACGCACUUGAGGAAAGUUUGUGCAACCCUCCCGGCAGGGCAGGAGCUCCGAUGGGCGUCGUGCGCGCCCCGUCCCGCGGCGCUGGCGGACCGAGCCAAGGUUCUGCUCGGUGGGCCGAGGCAGCGCGGGCAGCUCCGCGUGCCCGGCACCAUCGCCUGGCCUUGUCGUGGCCGCUGUCACACCAGGGCCCGGUGGUGGCCGCUCUGACAAAAGCGAAGGCUUGCGUCCCUCUUUUAUCUCUCCGCUUUGACCCCUCCACCCCAGUUGCUGUCGGUGUUGUACUGAAGGCCGGGAGCAGCCCGGGGCAGCACAUUUCCUUUGGGCCUGGCCAGCAGUUGAACGGCUUCAGUGGGGAUCGCUGAAUCUCAAACUGAUGGACACACAGCUGGUUGUGUCAGCCUCCUUGUUAACACCUCCUUCUGCUUUCCAAAAUAACAGUAAUAGCAAUAAUAAUAAUAAAAAAAAAGAUGUUGUGUGGAGAAGUAGAAAAAGGACUAGUGGGCUUUUAAAUCGACUUUAUUCACAUGAUGUGUUGUGUUCUGUGGGGGCUCAAUCUCUUGUGGGAUCAUUUCCCUGUUGGUGUCACUUGCUUGUGUGUGGUAGGAGAGUUUUCGGCAACCAUCUUCUGUGGAUGCUGCCGGCAGUGCAUGCUGGCCUUGCCAUGGUGCCAGGGCUGGAGGUGUGUUCACACUGCAGAGGAGAUCGGUUUGGGACGGAUGGGCUGGGGAGAGGCCGAGUGUUUCAUGGCUCUUGUGUCCCUUCACCAGAGCGCAGCCAAGGUUUGGCCUUUGUGUGGCUUCAGGGGCUGCGUGCCAGUGGGCACGGCCAGCCAGCGGGAGAGAUGUACUGUGAACAAAGCUGGGGCCCGCCAGGUCCCCCUGACCUGGCCGCAUGCUGGAUCCCUGUGCCGCUCGCGGCUCUUGCAACUGAUGACCUCAGGGGCUUUGGCCUGGGAGAGGCCCCCAGGGCUGCAGCAGGUGCCUCUGGGGGCUGUCCCCCUUGCACUGCUUCUGAUUCCUCAUGGUGGGUCGUCCCCCAUACCCUCUGGGAGCUCCAGGGGGGCUGGCUCCACUAUCCCUGGGGCAGUGCAGGGCAGGGGAGGACUGGAGAGAAGAGCUCCUCCCUGGCGAGCGGGGCUGCCCUUCCCUCCUCCCUCCUUCCUCACCAGCUGAAAUUCAGGCCGGGUGUCCAGCGCAUGGCGGCGGUGAUGGGGCUGUCGAGGGCUGUCGUGGCAGGAGAGUGGGAAUCAAAACAUCUGUGCGCAGGCCUGGGCGCCGCAGCCUCUAAUGGUUUUGACGGAGCUGUUGUGGUCUGUUGUCUGGAAAAUCUGCAUUCUGCGCCGUGCCCGAGGGGGCCGCGGCACCGCAGACCGUGGCGGUACCUAAAUAUAACCGCCUCGCGCCGAGGGGUGAGGUGAGGGCAGCGGGAGCAGGCCGCCCGCCCGCCUCCUGCUUUGUCUCUGAUCUGCGAUUCAGGCAUUUUUGUUUGCUCCCGAGGUUGGGUUUGUGUGUAGGCAGGGAUUGGAAAAAUAGAUAAAUUCCAGCUAGUUUAAAAAAAGAAAAAAAAAAGAAAAGAAAACAACAAAAGGGUGGAUGAGUCGGGCUUCCCUCACUGCAAGCCGCGGUCCUGCCGCUGGGUCCAGGAUCCUAAUAGCCCUGGCUGUCCUGGCUGCCCGCCUUGGCGUUCCUCCUUUCCCUUGGAGAUGCUGCAGGUCUUGCUCAGGUCCCAUUGCACCAGCA